UCAAUCCACCCAGUGAGCAAAUCACUUCACCCCCAUCUUUCAAAAACUGUAUCACUUCGCAUCAAGACAGCGAGAGAAAUAAAUCUAACAAUUUCCUCAAACGCCGCAUGUCAUCCACCAGCGAGAGCAGGUACACCUAUAAGCAGUACAAGGAGACAGCUGAUUGGCUGCUGGAGCGUACGCAGCACAUGCCCAAGGUGGCCAUCAUCUGUGGUUCUGGACUGGGAGGGCUGGCAGACUUACUGGAGAAUAGUGUAGCCUUCCCUUAUAAAGACAUCCCUCGCUUCCCUCAGAGCACAGAGGUGGCGGAGGAGCAGGGCUGUUCCUCUUUCCUCCAACAGGGGGUGUACUGCAAUGUGGGCGGCCCCGCCUUUGAGACAGUGGCAGAGACCAAGAUUCUGCUAAGCCUGGGGGCAGACGCUGUGGGUAUGAGUACAGUGCCAGAAGUGAUAGUGGCUCGUCACAGUGGUCUGCGUGUGUUUGGCCUGUCUCUCAUCACCAUCCACGUGGUGUCAGAGUACGGCAGCCAGGACCGCGUCAACCAUGAGGAGGUGCUGGAAAUCCCCUAG